AUGUACCGGUAUUUUGGGGAGCUGCUGACUCGCGGAGCUGCUAACGCUCUGGCCUCGGGAUGCGUCGAGUCCGCUCUGCCGGCUUCCUCAUCUCUGCUGAGGGUGCGACACUACAGCGACGCCGCUGACAAGGAAGAUGACCCGAACUUCUUCAGGAUGGUGGAGGGCUUCUUCGAUCGUGGCGCUGCUAUUGUCGAGAACAAGCUGGUGGAGGACCUGAAGACCCGGGAAACGCCGGAGCAAAAGAGACACCGUGUGCGGGGGAUCCUCAAGAUCAUCAAGCCCUGCAACCACGUCCUGAGCGUGUCCUUCCCCAUCAAGAGAGACAACGGAGAAUGGGAGGUUAUCGAGGGUUACCGGGCACAACACAGUCAGCACAGAACUCCCUGCAAAGGAGGUAUUCGUUACAGCAUGGAUGUAUCCAUGGAUGAAGUUAAAGCUUUGGCCUCCCUGAUGACGUACAAAUGUGCUGUUGUGGAUGUGCCAUUUGGUGGAGCUAAAGCUGGAGUGAAAAUCAACCCUAGGAAUUACUCUGAUAAUGAGUUGGAGAAAAUCACAAGAAGAUUCACCAUUGAGCUUGCCAAAAAGGGAUUCAUUGGACCUGGCAUUGAUGUACCCGCCCCUGAUAUGAGCACCGGUGAGAGGGAAAUGUCCUGGAUCGCUGACACCUAUGCUAACACUAUUGCCCACACCGACAUCAAUGCCCAUGCCUGUGUGACGGGUAAACCCAUUAGCCAGGGUGGUAUCCAUGGCAGAAUCUCAGCCACUGGGCGUGGAGUCUUUCAUGGCAUUGAGAAUUUCAUUAAUGAAGCCUCCUACAUGAGCAAACUGGGCCUGAACCCUGGAUUCGCUGACAAAACCUUUAUUAUUCAGGGUUUCGGUAAUGUGGGUCUGCAUUCCAUGCGUUACCUCCACCGUUACGGUGCCAAGUGUGUGGGAAUUGCUGAAAUCGAUGGCAGCAUCUGGAACCCCCACGGUAUGGACCCCAAAGAGCUGGAGGACUACAAAUUGCAACAUGGUACUAUCGUGGGCUUCCCCAACUCUCAGCCAUAUGAGGGAAAUAUUCUGGAAGCUCAGUGUGAUAUCCUCAUCCCUGCAGCUGGAGAGAAACAACUGACCAGGAAGAACGCUCACAAUAUCAAAGCUAAGAUUAUCGCUGAAGGUGCUAAUGGUCCCACUACACCAGAUGCUGACAAGAUCUUCUUAGAGAGGAACAUCAUGGUCAUUCCAGACAUGUACCUGAACGCUGGAGGUGUCACAGUCUCCUACUUUGAGUGGCUGAAGAACCUGAACCACGUCAGCUACGGUCGUCUGACCUUCAAGUAUGAAAGGGACUCCAACUACCACCUGCUGAUGUCUGUGCAAGAGAGUCUUGAGAGGAAGUUUGGAAAGCAGGGUGGCCCCAUCCCCAUUGUCCCCACUGCUGAUUUCCAGGCCCGUGUAGCUGGUGCCUCAGAGAAGGAUAUUGUGCACUCUGGUCUUGCCUACACCAUGGAGAGGUCUGCCAGACAAAUUAUGCGCACGGCAAACAAGUACAACCUUGGCUUGGAUUUGAGGACGGCAGCUUACGUCAACGCCAUCGAGAAGGUCUUCAAGGUGUACAGUGAGGCUGGCUUGACCUUUACAUAAAUGACCCAAAUUUCCCUUUGCAAAAAGAAGACAAAAAUGUCCAUCAACCUCUCGAUCCCCCUCUACAACCUUCUUAACAUAUCAGAAUUUGCAUCAGCCUAACCCCAUUUCCUCAUGCUGUCAUGUCCCAGAAGCUCCGUCCUCAUGAGUUUGAGAACUCUAAAGCGGUUUAAUUUGUUCUGAGGCUGCAGUUUUCAUGUGAUGUGGUUUCAAAGCAUUCAUUGUCUCUGAUUUUUGUCUUGAUCUGUGUUAAACUAAUGGUCCUCUUCAAAUGCAGGUGUAGGGCAAUGUUUAAAAUGUCUGUUAAUUUGUCCUGUUGGCCUUGGCCUCCUCUCGCUUUCAAAUUGGUGCGUUUUUGUCCUUGUAGGUUUUAUUUACUUCAUUCUUAUUAUUCGUUCCUGCAAACCAUUUAAACAUGGUUAUUGCUACAGUCAUGAAGAGCGUUAAAGAAGCCUUACACCUGCGAGCAGGAGAAUUAUUUUGUCAGUAUUGUGCAUGUAGUGCAUCACACAAAGGGAAACCCAGCCAUGAUAUGUCUCAUCUUAAUGUUUUGACCCAGAGAUGUAAUGAUGUUCUAGCUGACACUGUGCAGUACAUUUAGGUACAGAUGUUUUUGUAUCUGAUGCAGUUCACACCCAUUAACAUUCAGAGAUCUGCUAGCUGGUAAACCUAGAGGACCCGGGCCACUUGCGCUUAAAUGAGAGCUGGAAGUCGCUCGUCAUGCUUAUCUGCACCCAUAUCUGGAACUAUGUUUUGGAAAUUUAUAUUGCCUUUUUUUGUUGAGCAUUAAACAAAUUAUUCUAAUUUA